AUGCGUUCUACCGAAGCCGCCUGCCUGACGUGUCGUCAGAAAUCACGUCGAUGCGAUCGCGGGCGGCCCGUGUGUAAACGCUGCAUCAGCAAGGGAUUGCAAUGUGGUGGGUACCCGGACAAAUUUCGCUUUUGCGGGAUCGCCAGCCGUGGGAAAUGGAAGGAUCGAGAUCUCCCCAUUGAUGAAGAGGCUGUUUCCGCUUCCUCGUCCCCUUCGUCAACAAUUCCAUCAAGAAAGACUGCGUUGAAACGAAGUGAUAAUUCAUCAAGUCGUUCUCCCCAUGACCCACUGGCACUGGUAUCUCAAAGCUCGGCCCCAAUUCACAAAUCAGAAAUCGACACGGUCCUCAGCUUGGAUGAGACUGACAUACUUCUGAAGCACUACGAUCAGUUUGUUUGUCCCCAUCAAAUCGCCCACGAGAAUACCAGUGACAAUCCCUAUCGGCGCUAUGUGCUUCCUCUGGCGUACGAGCAAAUUGGACUUCUUUACGCGGUCCUCGGACUUUCCGCAUGUCACUUGGGACAUUUGAAAUCCGAUAAGCACCUGUAUGAAACGACCGCUGUCGAUUACCGGGUCAAAGCAAUCACUGCCCUCGGUGCAGCCAUCAGAAAAGUCUGCUCCGGACAUUUCAGUGACAAUGAACGAGACGGUGUAUUUGCAACAAUACAAAUUUUGCUGCUUCACGAUAUUCGUGAAUCUGGCAUCUCGACGCACGGCGCGCAUAUAUCAGGAGCGCUGUCUAUCUGUACACAAUUGAAGCUUGAUGAACGCUUAACAGUCAAAGAUGAAAGGACUGUUUUCUUCCUGGGUAAUCUUAUUUGGUUAGACAUCAUCCGAGCAUUUUCUGUACCAGAACGACUGUGCUUUACGCAAGAGCUUCGCCAAAAGCUAUUAUCCCUAUGUGACCUGAGAUUCGAAGCUGUGAAUGGUUGUCCACGGGAGCUAGCUCUCAUUAUUGGUGAAAUUCUCGAGCAUGCUAAAGCGCACUCGAGUGGCCGUCUAAGCACAGACGAGUACUAUACACAAGUUCAAACACAGAUCCAAAAGAUUUACAGUUGGGACAGCUCUCGAUGCUUUUACCCCAGCGAAGAUCCCCUCUGGCGAUGUGUUGCAGAGGCAUUUCGACAUACUUGCAUUCUACGGGCCUGGCGCCUUCUCGAUCCCAGUGAACCUGCAUCAACGCCACGCAUACAGACAUCGGUCACUGCAAUCCUGGAUUCCCUGGCGCAUGUUCCGGGAACGAACCCAAUAAUAGAGCUUAACGUGAUGCCUCUGUUCAUGGCUGGUGCUGAUAGUCUCUCUCCUCACUCGCGACAUUAUGUCUUGUUGCGACUUAGUGAAAUUCAAGCCAGAGCUGAGAUGGGCUGGGCAGCGCCUCAGUCAUUACUUGAGAAGGUGUGGCAAGCCAGGGCUCGCCAACCAGAACAUGAUCAAAGUAAUGUUCCCUGGAUGGAUUUUACACACAAUGCCGACCCAAUGCAGCAGGACGACUAUUUAAUCAUAUAG